CGAGCCAGCGGCGGCCGAGCCGGCGACAGCCGCGGCCCCGCGCCGCGCGGCCCGGCCGGCAUGGAGCCGGAGUGCCGCGUGCUCUCCAUCCAGAGCCACGUCGUCCGCGGCUACGUGGGCAACCGGGCGGCCACGUUCCCGCUGCAGGUUUUGGGAUUUGAAAUCGAUGCUGUGAACUCUGUCCAGUUUUCAAACCACACAGGCUAUGCUCACUGGAAGGGCCACGUGCUGAACUCCCAGGAGCUCCACGAUCUGUACGAAGGUCUGAAGCUGAACAACGUGAAUAAGUAUGACUACGUGCUCACAGGUUACACAAGGGACAAGUCCUUCCUGGCCACUGUGGUGGACAUUGUGCGGGAGCUGAAGCAGCAGAACUCCAGGCUGGUGUACGUGUGUGAUCCCGUGAUGGGGGACAAGUGGAGCGGCGAAGGAUACAUGUACGUUCCAGAGGACCUCCUUCCAGUGUACAGGGAGAAAGUGGUGCCGGUGGCAGACAUCAUAACUCCCAACCAGUUCGAGGCUGAGUUGCUGAGCGGCAGAAAGAUCCACAGCCAGGAAGAAGCGCUAGUGGUGAUGGACAUGCUGCACUCUAUGGGCCCCGACACAGUGGUCAUCACCAGCUCUGACCUGCCCGCCCCCCGGGGCAGUGACUACCUGAUCGCCCUGGGCAGCCAGAGGAUGCGGAGGCCCGACGGCUCCACGGCCACCCAGCGGAUCCGCAUGGAGAUGCGCAAGGUGGAUGCCGUCUUCGUGGGCACCGGGGACCUCUUUGCCGCCAUGCUUCUUGCGUGGACGCACAAGCACCCGGACAACCUGAAGGUGGCCUGUGAGAAGACUGUAUCUGCCAUGCACCACGUUCUGCAGAGGACCAUGCAGUAUGCACAAGCUCAGGCUGGGGAAGGGCAGAAGCCCAGGCCGGCGGAGCUGGAGCUGAGAAUGGUCCAGAGCAAGAAGGACAUCGAGGACCCCGAGAUCGUUGUGCAGGCCACGGUGCUGUGAGGGCUGCGCUCGGACGCACAGCGCGGCCGUGUCUUCAUGUUCAUCCCUGUGAAAAACACCUGACGUCUGCCUUAGAGCCACGACCUAAACUUGACAUUGUUCCUUCAUGAGUGUCGGGUCUCCGCUAGUCCCAAUUGUGAAAACGUGCCGCUGUGCUCUUCCAAAAACCCACAAAGCUGUCAUAGAAAUUUGUGAUUUGGAAACCUGUCUCUGCCCCAGCCGUGUGUGGACCAGCUCAGGGUCCCGCGGGCACCCACGCCUGCCGUCCGGGGGGCCUUGUGUUGGGCCGUUGGCUCUGAGAUCGCCAGAUACCUGUAUUGUCACCCCGGUCUCCUGUCCUGUGCCCGCUGCAAUUCUCGCGUCUUCAUUGCUGCUCCCCGGGUCUCUGGGACGUGCGGUCCGCCAGGCGGGCCCUGUGAGGACAGGUUGGUCAGUGCGUCCGCCUUCGCACACCCCGUGCACAGGGUGCUGCUGCUGCUCAGGUGGUUUGAGACGUGAGGAGCCACGUUUGGUUUUUGUCCAAACGCUCCCAGUCUGCCUUGCGGUUGUCGAGUGGAGGCGCUGCGUGUGUAGACCGCAGGGAGGCGGAGGAGGCGUCUGCCCGCGUGGCGGACUUCACUCCCAGCCCGUGUGUGUCCUGUGCCGGGCCAGCGGCCCUCACUGCCAACUCCUCCCCUCAGGAGUCUUCCAAGGGCACAUGUGUCACCCUGGGGUGGGGCAGCGCCAGACCCCAGAGUAGGCUGUGACAUUGAAGGCUAUAGUGUACACUGAACACAAGUCCAGCUGUCCACUGCUCAGUGGGACCAGGCAUGGCCACAAGUGGGACUUCCUGGCUCUGGCCUGCCCCCACCCCACAGCCCUAUGCCCGGGUCCUAGGAAAUCUGCUUCCUUCAGAAGUAUCCUUCCCACUGGAGUCGGCCUCACCAGGUGAAGAACGGAGCAGGCUGGGUAUGGCUCGGCCCAGGGCAGGGUUCAGUGAGGGCCUGGGUUCUGUUUGCAGCACUGCAAGAACGGAGAAUCUUAUCUGGCAUCUGAAGUGGCACACGCAAGGAGGCGCUGGUCCCUGGGGGCCCGGCCCCACUCCUCCCCCCAUGACCGCGCCCCCUGGGCGUCUGAAUGCACAGGGUCCACACUUCUUGGCUGCGGCUGGCUGGUUCCCUGCUGCCAAGCAGAGCAGACCUGUGUUUCCUGCCCGCAGUCACCUGCGCCUCCGUGGGGCCUUCCACCACCACGCAGUGGCCAGGGUGGCAUGUGGCCACUGGUGAUGGGUGAGGGACAUCCCCUACCCCAAGCACAGGCCUGGGGGCAGUGCCUGUGUACAUCUCCAGGGAGGUGGGGAAGGGUCCCGGGCCGUGCCGCGCGGCGCGGUUUCCUGACUCAAGCCGGGGACGGCGCUGCAGCGAGGGGAAGUGGGAGGCACUGUGCUGAACGUUCGUCCCGUGUGUGUGAGGUCCUAAGUCCCUGCCCAGAAAGCAGACCUGAGCUGUGCAGGUCUCGGGACCCUGGUGCCCCAGCCUGGGGUCGAGGGUCCCUUGAAGGUGGCUGUGGACCUGGCGUGGCUCCAGAUGGGUGCGGUAACACAAGCUAGCAAGUCAGAGAAGCUCCAGGAGGCGAGGGCGCGGGCAGCCGCUUCCUUAGCGGAAAGCACUCCAUCCUUCCUUAACCAGCUGUUGAAACUGAGAAGGCCUACUUUAAAGAAGAUCCAUGAGUCUUGCUUAGUCCUCAAGGUAACUCGUGCCUCUUAUUUUUGUAGUGUAAGUUAGGGAUUGUGCGGAGAGUGCUUUGCUUUGUGUCCUUUUCUUAAGCUUGUCAGAGCCAGGUUUUAAACUUGGUUGUGGUGGAGGCCACCGAGCUGAGUGGGGCCUGGGGCUGCCGGGGUCCACAGGCCCCUGUGUCACCAGGCUGGACUGCGGAGGAGGAGCCCCUCCCCCUCCCGCUCCCAGCCAUUCUGGCAGCCUCCUUGCCCAGCAGGGACCUGCUCAGAACCCUAAGCACGUGCUUAGCCCCAGAGGGGGGCUCUGGAGUUUGAGACAUGACUGGGGUAGUGUCUUGGGAAGCCCUGGCGGGGCCCACGGCCCCCGCCCACUGCCGUCCGCAGGGUGCGGCUGCUGGGGCCUCCACCCCGGCUUCUUUGCUGCCAGGCCCCAGGGCCUCCCUCCUGCCCUUCCCUGCAGCUGUGUGCGAGUCCCAGGAAGCCUUUCUGUCAAAGGAGCAUGUCAGGCUGUGGAUACCACAGGCCAGCUGCCCAGGAGCACUGCCCGAGGGCCUUCUUAAGCCCUGAGUCCCCUAGCGGAGGGCCGGGUCGGGGAGCGCUGUUUGGCUCCGCAGGUGGCGGUGGAGGGCGUUGGGGCUGUGGUGGGACUCGGUGUGCCUGCUUCAGUGUGGAGAGGUGUCCAACAGGCCACGCUGGCCUGCAGGCUCUGGUGCUUCUGCCACCAGCGGUGCAGUUCUGGCCCCCACCAGCAGAGGUCGCGGUGAGGCCAGUCCCUGUGGUCCUCCAGGCCGAUGAGUAAAACAGCAGAGCCCCUCUGGAGGGAGAACCUGUUACCACUUGUUCUUCGGAGCACAAUCUUUCUCCGUUGGGUGGGAGCUAGGCUUGCGGUCUCGCCCUGCCCCCCGUGAAGAGGCCGGGCCUCCGUCUUCCUCCGUGGCAGCUGGGUGUGGGGCUUGGUGGUGUGUGUGGGUUUCGCUGUUGGCUGCAGUCUGUUCUUGGUGAAGAUAUUUCUGUUCUAAAUGUGCAAAGACCAACUAAAAGUAAUGUCUUCUACUCGAUAGUUCGCCUUCAGGACAACUCUGUUUAUUUGUUCAAAACUAUUAUGAGUUACUUUAGCAUUUCAAAGUUGUUGUUUUUUUUUUUUACUAACUGAAAGCUGUUUCCAGAUUCGGGCACACACCCCUGUAAUCCCAGUGCUUGGGAGACCAAGGGAGGAGGAUUCAACAUUCAAGGCCCGCUUUGGCUACAUACUCAAAAGAGUCGUUUUCCCUGUUGCUUUUCAUUUUAGCGUCUGGCAGAACGGGCAGGGUUUUAGUGUUCUCCACAGUCUGUGCCAGGCUGUGUUCCUAGAACAGGUUCUGGUUCCAUCUCAGCCCUGGCCUGGGCUGUGAGGAAGGGGCGGGCCCCCAAUGCAGAGUCAUGAUGAAGCCUGGAGCCGUGCCGUGCCCCUCCCCGCACCCCCCCACAGGGCACUUCCCCAUCUUCCUGGAAUAGGCCACCCACUUGGGGUAGGAAAUUCUGGAGGCCCUGGGGCCAGUGCCCUGGCUGGAGGUGCGUCACCACCCCGCAGGCCGCUUCUGAAAUAGCAGUGAAGGCAGAAGGAGAGGUGGGUGGGAACAGAGGACAGCGUGGCCCCAGCCCAGCCGCACUGCUCUGUCUGCCCACGGAGCUGCGCUGUCCUGGGCGGGCGGCGGUGCCCUCGCGCUCCGCUGGGAGACCGGAGCUCCCCGUGCCUGAUCCGGGGCUGGGGAGGGGCAGCUUGGGGCCAGCGGAACAGAAAAAUGAUUCACUGGGCCAGCAGCGUCCCAGGGUGUCUGAGUGGCAGGAAGGCAGAGACAAAGCCACCCCCAGCUGUGGUCAGGGAGACACCAAGUUCCUGAAGCCACGGUCCCGAUGAGCUCAGCCGCUCUGGCAGGGGAGUGAAUUCUCCUUGUGUUUCGCACAGCCCCCAGAAGCGUGAAGUGUGCAAGGACACUGACUGCUUCGGGCCUCAUAGCUGCUUCAUUCCUAGUGUAGACCUGUAGUUGGAGUUUAGUCCAAUUAUUGCACAACUAAACCAGCGGGAAGCUGGCGCUGCUGCCACAGGCCCGGGUGCUGGCAGGUCUUGGCGGGCCUCCUGGGAGGGGCGCCAGGCCCUGCCCCCCUGUGGGCGCACGCAGGUGGCCUCUGCGCCAGUGUCUCCCAACUCUGUGCGCUGUCCUGUGUGGGGUUCGUAAACUCGGGCGCUGUGAGCCCGUGGAGAUCGUGUCUGUUUUGUGAUGGUCCUGUUGACUUUCGUGAUUAUCCACAAAUAAAUAUUUUCAUGGCA